UUGAACACACCACAUUCAAGAUUCAUUCAUUCAACACAACACAACAAACAAACACACAAACAAACAUCGUUUGCUUUCUUGUUCGUCUGAGAUUUCUUCGGAGCCUUUCUUGUUCCAGUUCCACUUCUAAGAGUAUCAUGGAUAUGAGGGUGGCAAAGAGUGAGAGAACUGAACGACUGGGUGAGAUUUGCAAAUUCUGGCUGCAGGGGAGAUGCAACAGAAACCCUUGCAGUUUCUGGCAUGGAGAAACACCACCGCCACCGCAAUCUGCUGGUUAUCGUCAUACAAAGACUUCAUCUGAGAGCGUCCCUUACUAUAACUCCAAGGCCGUGUUGAUUAGUAAGAGCAGAGUUGGAUCCGGUAUCGCUGAGCCAGUUCAGAAGCCGUUACUAAGUAGAUGCAAUGCUAGGACUCCCUCUGAGAAUAACCCUAAGCAUAACUCCAAGGCGGUGUUGAAUACAAAAAGUGGACAAGGGACAUGUAUUCCUGAAGCCUCUCAGAAGCCGUCACUGAGUAUAUGCAAAUAUUGGGUCACUGGCAACUGCACAUAUGGUGAUCAGUGUCGGAAUUUACAUUCGUGGCACAAUGGUGAUGGGAUAUCUACAUUAGCAAAACUUCAUGAACACAAGAAGACUGUCACUGGGAUUGCAUUUCCAGCUGGAUCAGACAAACUUUACUCUGGCAGCACUGAUGGGACAGUUCGUACAUGGGACUGCCAUACUGGUCAAUGUGCUAAUGUAACAAAUCUCGGUGCUGAAGUGGCCUCUUUAAUCUGUGAGGGCCCAUGGAUUUUUGUUGGCCUGCUGAAUGCGGUCAAGGCUUGGCAUAUUCCGACUGCUUCAGAGUUUACUCUUCUUGGACCUAAGGGGCGAGUCCUUGCCAUGAUUGUUGGCAAUGAUACACUUUUUGCUGCAGCAGAGGAUGGUGUAAUCUCUGCAUGGAGAGGAAGCUCUGAUGCCAACUCCCCUUUUGAACUGGUUGCAUCACUCAGUGGCCACACUAAAGCUGUGUCUUGCCUGACUGUUGGUGUCAAUAGGCUUUACUCAGGGUCAAUGGACCAAAGCAUUAAGGUUUGGGACCUUGAUACUUUAGAGUGUUUAAUGACACUCAAUGGUCAUACUGGGGAAGUUACAUCACUUAUUUGUUGGAGCGAUUUUCUGUUAUCUGGGGCAUCUGACUGCACUAUUAAGAUCUGGGUUGCCACAGAAGAGGGACCUUUGAAGGUGACAUAUACGCACACUCUAGAAAAUGGUGUUGUUGCACUUAAUGGAAUGACUGAUGCAGAAGGCAAGCAUGUAUUGUGUUGCUCGUCCAGAGACAAUUCUGUUCGCUUGUAUGAAUUGCCACCAUUUUCAGAGAGGGGUAGAUUAUUUGCAAGAAAAGAAAUCCGAUCAAUUGAGGUUGGUCCUGGUGGGCUCUUCUUCACUGGUGAUGGAACUGGUUUAGUGAUGGUGUGGAAAUGGUUGGAAGAGACUAAGGUGGCAGCAUCUUCUUGAGAAAUGCCCCUUUUUUCCAUGUUUGUCAAAAGUGUAUAUAUUAAUUGAGAAGUCCGAUCUUUCUUACUGACAGAGAUGUAUUUGUCUCCGCACCUUUUACAUUUAUGUAACUCUUUUUGUCAAUGAAAUCAGAAUUUUAUUUUUUUAUA